UGCGUCUUCUCCUCCCCGUCCUCUUGCCUCCUUCCUCCUUCAAUUCCUCCCGAGGAAUCCUUCAAACCCGCGCAUGGAUAUAAACGCGCGGGCGACCGGCUCCAUUCCCCCCGCCGCCACCGUACGUCGCCGAUCGACGGAGAUCGCCUCACCACCUAUUUGCCGCGAGCUAGAGCGACGGAGCGCGCGAUGUCGUCGUCCUGGUUCACCUCGUCCUCCAAGAACGGCGCCCGGGAAGAAGAAGAGCUAGGAGGCUUGGCGCUGGAGGUGACCGUGCUGUCAGCGGAGUCGCUCCGCCUGCCGCCGUCCUACUCGCCGCUGCCACGCCGGCUGCGGCCCUACGUGGCGGUAUCGACGUCCGCCGACUGCUCCAGCACGGACGUAGCAUCGUCGUCGUCCGCGGGUGGCCAGCACUCGUGGGACGGCGACGCGCGCCUCGUGGUGCCCGUGGGCGCGGGGUUCCUGGAGGGCCGCGACGACGUGCGCGUGGCGCUGUUCUCGGAGUCGGGAUGCGCGCGGCGGCUCGUGGCCGGGGGCGACACGCCGCUGGGCUGGUGCCGCGUCCCGGCCGCCGACGUCCUCGACGGCCUCCGCCCGCCCCGCGCGCUGCGAAGGCUCAGCUACUCGCUCCGCUGCCCCCGCAGCUUCGGUUCCGGCCACGGCGUCGUCCACCUCGCCGUGCGCGUCAUCGGGGACGUCGAGGUCGUCCGCGCAGCCCCGCCCGCGCAGCCGGGGUGGUGCCGUGUGGCCAUGGGCAUACCGGUGUCAGGCCCCUCUGCCGCUGCCGCGGCCGUGGUCGGCACGCCGUCGCCGUGGUCGUGGAGCGAGACGUCGCGGUGA